CGCGUAUGUCUGACGUUUACAUAACCUCACAUAUCUGAUAUUGGGAUUUAUUCGGUAAUUUUGCAUAUUUUUACAAAAACUGAUCUAUGUAUAUACCUACACAAAAAUGACCAUUUCAAAAGAGGCUUUUGUGGAUUUGGAUGAAAAAUACACAAAAGUAAUGAAACUGAUUGAAGAAGACAGUAAAUUAGAUCCAAUAAAUGAGCCGUAUUUGUCAAAAUACGCCGCCAGAGAAAUUCUUGUUGGUAUGAAAGCAAAUAUAGAGAAUCUGUUGAGAAAUUAUGGAGCAGGGAGCAAUGAACAUGUUAAGCUAUCAGCAAUGCUUGGGGCCACUUAUUUGUACCUGGGCAUGAUUGCACUGGAUACAGAUGAGUUAUCCGCAGGCGAAAAACACUUGAAAAAGUGCAACACAAUCAUUGAGAAGUAUUAUUUAAAACCGGAAGUCGUAUUGGUGGCAAUUAGCAUGUUCAAUCAAUUCGGAAUAAUGUGGUCGCUAAGAAAACCAGAAGAGGGAAAAAUGUACUUGGAGAAAGGCGAGCAACUGUAUUUGGAUUACAAAAAAGAGUCCAAGGAUCCCGUGGACAUAUCGGAUUUGUUCGCUAGCGACUUGGAGUACAACAGCGAAAUGGCGCGCAGAAAUAUGGAAAAAAGCUACACCCUAACCCUCUACUACUUGGCGCAAAUAUUCGGGGUUCUAAAGGACGCGCUAAAGAGCUCCGUUUACUGUCACGUAACGUUGCAAAAGCAAAUCGACAUGGACGAUUACGAUCCCAUCGAUUGGGCCUUGAAUGCGGCGACUUUGUCGCAGUUUUUCAUGGAGAAGAACGGGUUCAAACAAGCCAGGCACCAUUUGGCCUGCAGCUCCUACGUUUUGAGUAAGUAUGAGGAUCAGUUGCGGGCCGUUAACGAGGAAAGCGAGGCGCACGACGCGGCUUUGGAAGUUUUCAAGCAUAGAAGCGCCGAUGUGGCCAGGUGUUGGGCCAAAUACGGCUCUCUCUUGCUGAGCAAAUCCAAGGAAAGGCUUUUGAGCCACACGGACGACAUCGACGUGAAUUGCUCGUUGUCUACGGAUUUGUCGAAGUUAUCUCUGACUUCCGACUCCACCGUUUCCGUCGAGGAUUUGCAGAACUUGGUCUUCACUGGUAUUGAGGCUUCCGCGUACGAGCUGCAAGUGACGGAUCAGUUUGUUCUGUGUCUGGAUGACGCUCGUAGGGUUUUUUAUAACAUACAAGAUUGGCUCGCGAAGGCUGAGGAAUAUUACAACAUCGACACUCUCGCUUCGGACUACAUAGAAAUAGCUCUGGAUCGGUCGCAAAUGUAUUUGAACCUGCUAUUCUUCGACGAAAAUCAGGAUAACCAGGCAAAGUUGCACAAGAGAAGAAUAGACUUGCUGGAGGAAGUGGUGGGGAAAAUAAACCCGCAGUAUUAUCUGCAGUACUGCAGGCAGAUCUGGUUCGAGUUGGGGAAUACGUACUCGGACGUGCUCGAUAUUAAAUCGGAAAAAAUUCGGGACUCCAAGGCGAGACCCAAGCCGCAAGCGCUCACAAAAGCCAACAUUCUCGCCGAGAAAAGUAUUCAGUGCUACACGACUUUUGUGGAUUCUUACAAAGACGCCUCCACAGGCGUUCUCCCCAAAAAAUUCCCCGAGGAGGCGGAAAACCCUCUAUUACGAGCCUAUUUCCAUAUAGCCGCUCUACACAAUCGUUACAUUACUUUGGAUAAGCAAACGCAGUUGAGUAACGUCGAGAAGAGUUUGGAGUUUUAUAAGAAAAUUUUUGAUUAUGUUGAGGAAAACAAGAAAGCUGAAGAGUUGAUUAAAGCGGAGUAUAGUAUUUGUAAGGAAAUGGUUACGUUGUUACCAGUGAAAAUAAUGAAGUUGAAGCGAGAGGUCGGAGUUUAAUUUUAGCCUAGUCAGCACUUCUGCAUUAUUCAUAUUAUCUUAUUUAUUAAAUAAAUGUAUAUUCAAUUUA